AUAGUAUGUUUCCAACUGUCGACGCAAGUGUGAGUCGAUAACUGUUUACACCUGUAGCAACCACCUGGUUUUAUUUUGAUAGAAAAAUGGCAGGGCCAAGUGAACUUUCGAAAGAAGCAAUAAAAAGUUUUAUGCUAGAUCAUGGUGGUAAAGUAACAAAUCAUGAACUCGUAAAAUAUUUUAAACCAUUUCUGACCGAUCCGGAAACAAGAGUUGAAGCACGAAACUUAUUCAAAGAAUAUGUAAAUGACCUUGCCACUAUGCGCAAUGAGGAUGGGGAGAAGUACCUGAUCCUGAAGAAGAAACACCGUAUCCCCGGAGCGGUGAGUCCUGGGGGCUACGCCUCUCCCUCGCCAUCUCCGUCGCCUUCUCCGUCCGUGGAGUCGAUGGUGAGCAGUCCGGGCGGCCUGCAGUACGUGUCGAGCGAGUCCCUGGCCUCGCCGUCCCGCCAGCCGCCGCCGUACCGGCCUCCCCCGACGCUGGGCGCCAGCCCCCAGCCGCCGUCUCCACAGUACCGCGAGCCGCCCCCUCCGCAGUUACAGGGUGGCGGCGAACCCGCUGCACCCGAGCCCACGCCCCCGGUGCCGCCGCGCCGCAAGAGCAGCGACAGGAUCAGAACCGAGAACAAGGAGAACAUCGACGUCACCAAGCGCCCAAAGGCUGCAGGAGCUGAACCAGCUGGCAAGGAGGACGCUGGCGAUCCUCCGGAACAGCUGAGCGUGAAGGAGCGCACUCAGGUUUUCAACAGGCUGGCCACCGAGGUGGACCUGCACAGGGCGCAGGCGCAGCCGGCCAAGAAGAAGCCCGAGCGGGGUGGAGCAGAAGACGAGGACUCCGUGUCCCUCACAUCGGAACCAAAGGCACGCGAGUGGCUGGUGGCAGCGGCACAGGGCAACCACAUGAAGCUGGCCAAGCUAGCGCAGGAGAACCCGCGCCUCGCGUCGCUCAGGGAUCCCACGAUGGUGAGUGCUAAUGCGAUACAAACAACGUGCUCGCCAGCUGUGAGUCAAACUAAAGUAUCUUAUAGUAAAGGUGGCUAA